AUGCCAGCCCCCGCCAGCGACCCCCCAACAAGCCAGCCCCCGCCAGCGACCCCCAACAAGCCAGCCCCCGCCAGCGACCCCAACAAGCCAGCCCCCGCCAGCGACCCCCCAACAAGCCAGCCCCCGCCAGCGACCCCCCAACAAGCCAGCCCCCGCCAGCGACCCCCCAACAAGCCAGCCCCCGCCAGCGACCCCCCAACAAGCCAGCCCCCGCCAGCGACCCCCCAACAAGCCAGCCCCCGCCAGCUACCCCCCAAUAACCCAGCCCCCGCCAGCGACCCUCCAACAAGCCAGCCCCCGCCAGCGACCCCCCAACAAGCUAGCCCCCGCCAGCGACCCCCCAACAAGCCAGCCCCCGCCAGCGACCCCGCAACAAGCCAGCCCCCGCCAGCGACCCCCCAACAAGCCAGCCCCCGCCAGCGACCCCCCAACAAGCCAGCCACCCCCCAACAAGCCAGCCCCCGCCAGCGACCCCCAACAAGCCAGCCCCGCGAGCGACCUCCCAACAAGCCAGCCCCCGCCAGCGACCCCCAACAAGCCAGCCCCCGCCAGCGACCCCCAACAAGCCAGCCCCCGCCAGCGACCCCCAACAAGCCAGUCCCCGCGAGCGACCCCCAACAAGCCAGCCCCCGCGAGCGACCCUCAACAAGCCAGCCCCCGCCAGCGACCCCCAACAAGCCAGUCCCCGCCAGCGACUCCCAACAAGCCAGUCCCCGCCAGCGACCUCCCAACAAGCCAGCCCCCGCCAGCGACCCCCCAACGAGCCAGUCCCCGCCAGCGACCCCCAACAAGCCAGUCCCCGCCAGCGACCCCCAACAAGCCAGUCCCCGCGAGCGACCCCCAACAAGCCAGCCCCCGCCAGCGACCCCCCAACAAGCCAGCCCCCCGCCAGCGGCCCCCAACAAGCCAGCCCGGCCAGCGACCCCCAACAAGCCAGCCCCCGCCAGCGACCCCCCAACAAGCCAGCCGCCGCCAGCGACCCCCAACAAGCCAGCCCCCGCCAGCGACCCCCCAACAAGCCAGCCCCCGCCAGCGACCCCCAACAAGCCAGCCCCCGCCAGCGACCCCCCAACAAGCCAGCCCCCGCCAGCGACCCCAACAAGCCAGCCCCCGCCAGCGACCCCCCAACAAGCCAGCUGA